GCGGCGGCGGCGGCGGCGGCGGCGGAGGACCCGGCUUCCCUUUCCCUCCCCUCCCUCCUCUCACUGUUUGUUGUGUGUUUGAUGUGUUAAAGCAGGAGCGAGCGAGGCCCGAGAGCGCCAUGAGCACGCCCACCGUCGUCCCCAGCGCCGCGGGCCCGGGCCCGGGCCCGAGCGGCAGCGGAGGCCCGGGCGGUGGCGGCGGCGUGCCCGGGGGCGGCAGCGGCGGCGGCACCGAGGUCAUCCAGGUGACGAACGUGUCCCCGAGCGCCAGCUCGGAGCAGAUGCGGACCCUCUUCGGCUUCCUGGGCAAGAUCGACGAGCUGCGCCUCUUCCCGCCCGAUGACUCGCCUUUGCCAGUGUCCUCACGUGUCUGUUUUGUAAAGUUCCACGAUCCAGACUCGGCAGUUGUGGCCCAGCAUCUGACAAACACUGUAUUCGUUGACAGAGCUUUGAUAGUCGUUCCCUAUGCAGAAGGAGUUAUUCCUGAUGAGACUAAGGCUUUGUCUCUGUUGGCACCAGCUAAUGCAGUGGCAGGUCUUCUGCCUGGUGGUGGACUUCUGCCAACCCCCAACCCCCUUACCCAGAUUGGUGCUGUUCCUCUGGCUGCUUUGGGGGCCCCUGCUCUGGAUCCUGCCCUUGCUGCUCUAGGGCUUCCUGGAGCAAACCUGAACUCUCAGUCUCUUGCAGCAGAUCAAUUACUGAAGUUAAUGAGCACGGUGGAUCCUAAGUUGAACCAUGUUGCUGCAGGUCUUGUUUCACCGAGUCUAAAAUCAGAUACCUCUAGUAAAGAAAUAGAGGAGGCAAUGAAAAGAGUAAGAGAAGCGCAGUCACUGAUUUCCGCUGCAAUAGAGCCAGAUAAGAAAGAAGAAAAACGGAGGCAUUCGAGAUCAAGGUCCCGUUCCAGGAGGAGGAGGACUCCUUCGUCUUCCCGGCAUAGACGGUCCAGAAGCAGAUCCAGAAGGAGAUCCCAUUCUAAGUCAAGAAGUAGGCGACGAUCCAAAAGUCCACGGCGGAGGAGAUCUCAUUCUAGAGAGCGGGGCCGAAGAUCCAGGAGCACGUCAAAAACCAGAGACAAAAAGAAAGAAGAAAAAGAAAAGAAGCGUUCUAAAACGCCACCCAAAAGCUAUAGCACAGCCCGGCGGUCGCGGAGCACGAGCCGGGAGAGGCGGCGCAGAAGGAGCCGGAGCGGAACGAGGUCACCCAAGAAGCCCCGCUCUCCAAAGAGAAAACUGUCUCGGUCCCCCUCGCCUAGAAGACACAAAAAAGAGAAGAAAAAAGAUAAGGACAAAGAGAGGCGAGAUGAACGAGAGCGAUCAACCAGUAAGAAGAAGAAAAGUAAAGAUAAAGAAAAAGAACGGGAAAGGAAAUCAGAGAGCGACAAAGAUGUCAAACAGGUGACGAGAGAUUACGAUGAAGAAGAACAGGGCUACGACAGCGAGAAGGAGAAGAAGGAAGAGAAGAAAGCCCCCGAGGUGGGCUCCCCCAAGGCCAAGGAGCCGUCUGUGGAGAAGGGCAGCGGGGAUUCCCUGCGGGAGUCCAAGGUGAACGGGGAUGACCACCACGAGGAGGACAUGGACAUGAGUGACUGAGGGGCCGCGCCCCCGCCGGCCAGCUGCGGACAUGCCUCCGUGUCAUUCCUCAUGUGGUCUCUGUCUGCCCCGUUUGUUACCCCAAACCUAGAUGUAUCUAGCUCUGAGCUAUAAAUGGUUGUCAAGCUCCUGAUCCUCCUUAUUCAUGGCCGGGGUGCCCUGGCUCCCCCUCCUGGGCUGGGGCUGUGCUGGUGGGCACAAAUGUGACCAGCUGCAUGCAUCUCCAGCAGGCAUGGAUUGCGGAUGUUGUAUGAUCUCUCCUCCUUUAUUAAAUAAGCUCACGUAGACAAUUUCUAGAGUUUGAUUCCUUACAGUACUAGAGCCGUAUAGGGAAUGCACUGAUUGCAUGUUAAUUGUGGCAGGAAUAUCCUCAAUGUUUCUUCCAGUCUACAUCAUAGAACGGAGUCUGCUUAGGGCCUUCAGUGGGUCAACAUGACAAAAUUAAGAUUCAUCAUUAACAUCAACAAUCUCCUAGGAGCUUCGUGGCUGAUUUUUCUGUGCUUUUGGUUUGGCUUUCAAAGAUUAAAGAUGCACUAGACUUUUUUUUUUAAUUAGGCCUUUUUUUCCCCCAAAGUUUCUCUUCCCCGCCCCCCCCCCAAAAAAAAUCUCUGGUAGCGAAUAGCAUAUUUUGAAAUGGAGUUCUACAUUUUUCCCUAACAUCUACAUUGGGAGUUAAGGUUUCUUGUAAUAUUAUCAGUGCCCAUCUUUGAAACUUACUUUGUACUGAUUUCCAUUCAUCCUGUUGUACAGUUUUUGUUAUGUUUUUCUUUUGGUUCUUACUGUUUUGAACUCAGUGUUGGGGGGAGGGAAGGUAGUGCAUUUUUAAUUGACAUUUGUAUGCUUUUAAAACAAUUCUUGAUAAUGUCCUUUUUAUUUGAUCUCAAGUUGUAUAAACUAAUAAAUUUGUGUUAACUGUCCCUGCAAUAGUAAUCUCACACACAGUGACUCCAGGUUAUAUGCAUAGUUAGGCAAGCCGUUUUCUUAGUUACCCAGUUCCAGAGCUUUUACUUUUGUGCAGGUAAAAACAGAAGUAGGCGACAUAACAGUCUGUGCCAUGUUGAUGUACAGUUUCUGAAAUUGUUUUACAAGACUUUGAUAAUAAAACCCUGAAACUUAAGCUCA